AUGGUAUUCAUUGACUUGGAGAAAGCAUAUGAUAGCAUACUACAACAUGUCAUAUGGGAUAGCCUCAAGGCUAGAGGUAUUUGUUCAGUAUACAUUGAAGCUAUACGGGAUAUGUACGACAGAGUUUCGACUAACAUUCAAACACCGGUGGGGAUAACAGAGCUUUUUCCGGUUAAAGUUGGAUUACAUCAGAAUAUCGUUAUAUCAUAUGAUUUGCUUUUAAGCUUAUGGGUGAAUCAUCCUGAAACAAUUCCUCUUUCUCAUCGGGUUCAGUCAGGUUCAGUUUCAAGGUUCAAUACAUAUCGAGUUAUCGGGUCAGUUUUGAACACCUCUGGAAUUUAUAUCAAUCGUCUAUUCACGUGCAUGUAUGAAAAUGGGCAGAUUGUUGAUGGCAUUAAGCUGCUGAUUCUAGUGCUUAUUUAUCCUGCCAACCCAUAA